AAAGCCUGCCUGGAAAAGUAGUUGUAGAUGACGGAGAAACAAACAGACUCAUCUCUUCGUCUCCCUUGUUCACUCCAAAAUACUCAUCUCCAUCUCCAUACCCAUACCAUACCCAUACAAAACAAAAUCAACCCAACCCCUCUCUCCCCCUCUCUCUCCCCACCCCCUUUUGACCCUUUUCAUUGUUCCUCGCCUGCAACAACCAAUCCUUUAAAACCCUAUUCAUAUUCUCAAUCCUACACACACUUUCUCAAAAAUGGUUAGCCCUUUCCCUUUCAGGAGGAAAAAGCUUUGAAUUCUACUUCAUAGACCCAGAAUUAGCCACCUUUUUUUGGGCGAAUCUGGAGUCAUCAAUCAAACCAUGUUUUCUAUUAUUACUUCUUUGUUUCUUUUACUUGUAUUGAUUAUUUUUUCAUUCGUUCUAGUUCGAUUGUUCUUGUAUCGAACUGCUUUGAUUUACGUUUUGAAGAAAUGGUUGCACUGGGUUGAAGACCGAGUUCACGUUUACCAGUUCUUCAAAGUACCCGAAUUGAAUGAAAACUCUCAGGAGAAUCAAUUCUACAGGAAAGUGUUUGCUUACCUGAAUUCCUUGGCUUCGAUUGAGGACUCCGACUUCACCAAUCUCUUCGCUGGGAGGAAAUCGAACGAUAUAGUUCUCUGCCUCGAUGACAAUCAGACGGUUCAUGAUGAGUUUCUCGGAGCGAGAGUGUCAUGGAAGAACGAGAUUGGGAGAGGCAAUGAGAAAAGUUGCACAAGGACUUUGGUGUUGAGGAUCAAGAAGAAAGACAAGCGUCGGAUUCUGAGACCUUAUCUUCAACACAUUCACAAGGUUUCUGAUGAGAUUGAACAGAGGAGGAGAGAGGUGAGGCUGUUCAUGAACACUCACUCCGAUCAUCACAGAAACGGACGGUGGAUAUCGGUUCCUUUCACACAUCCUUCGAGUUUCGACACGAUCGUCAUGGAUUCGGAUCUGAAGAACAAGGUCAAAUCCGAUCUCGAAUCGUUUCUCAAAUCGAAACAGUACUAUCACCGACUAGGCCGUGUUUGGAAACGGAGUUUCCUUCUCUACGGUCCCUCCGGUACCGGAAAAUCGAGCUUCGUCGCCGCCAUGGCGAAAUUCCUCUGCUACGACGUCUUCGACGUCGAUCUCUUCCGAGUCACAGACGAUUCCGAUCUGAAAAUGCUUCUAUUGCAGACGACGAGCAAAUCAAUCAUCGUAAUCGAAGAUCUGGAUCGAUUCAUGGCGGAGAAAGAGAAAUCGACAACGGUGACCCUGUCCGGUGUACUGAACUUCAUGGAUGGACUUGUGAGUUCGUGUUGCGGAGAUGAGAGAGUGAUGGUGUUCACGCUGAACAACAAAGAACAGAUCGAUUCAUCGAUACUCAGACCAGGACGAAUCGAUGUUCAUAUUCAUUUUCCCCUCUGUGAUUUCAAUUCCUUCAAGAGCUUAGCGAAUAACUAUCUAGGGCUCAAGGAUCACAAGUUGUUUCCACAAGUUGAAGAGGUGUUUCAGGGCGGAGCGACGCUGAGCGCGGCGGAGAUCGGCGAAAUCAUGAUCGCCAACAGGAACUCGCCGAGCAGGGCGUUGAGGUCGGUGAUUACGGCGGCGAGAGUCGGACGGCGGCUGAGCGAGAGCAGCGCGGCGGAGUUCUCCGGCGAGCUCGGUGGCGGCGGAAACAAAGAUGGUGGUGUGCCUGCGAUCAAGGAGAUUCGGAAGUUGUACGGUAUAUUGAGGUUACGGAGCAGUAACAAAAUUGGACCGUCUGAUCAUGAAUCAACGCAGAUCGUCAAGUGAGGGUAUACGGUGGGCCUACCUUAGUUAAAAAAAUCGGAUGGCUAAGGCCGUGUACACCAAAUCUGAUUCGAUUGUUGCAUAGUUUGUAGUAGUUUUCAAGAUGAAAUUCAAAAACUAAAAAAAAAAAAACUUACAGUAUUAUAGAUUUGUUUAUUUCGGUUCUCCCUCAAA